AUGGCUACUAUGACUGUCACAGGACCUGCGGUCUGCAAGAUUCACUUGCGGCCCCCCACACCAGAAGUCGUCUUCUUGGCCGGAUACGUCUUCUCCCUCACAGCAAUCGCCCACCUCUGCAUGAAGGCCUAUGGCAUCCCGGAGGAGACCAUUUACCGGGUAGGACCUCUCCAAGCUGCCAACGAAUACCUCAAAAGCUAUCUGGAUCUCGACAGCCCUCAGUUCAUUCCCUUCGACUGCGAUCAGUGCCGCAACCAGUGUGACCCCGCGCUGAAGGGGCGCUUUAUACUCCCCUGCCACCUUGCGUUUGUUGAUCAAGGAAUGAAGCGUCCCGACAUUCCCCUCGACGCCGACGCGAAGGCUUAUCUCGACUAUUGGUACCCGCCUUCUCUACGAAGACUCGAGCACUUUUCGGACGUCAAUUUCAUAGUCACCCGGUAUCCUGCACACCACGGACCCAGAAGGAUGAUCCAUGUGAAGGCAGGGGAGUACCAGUUGAUGCACUUGUCGGGCCAGUCCGACGAGGUGAUCGUGCAAAGCGCCGUUGAACGUUUGAAGGAAGAUGAGGAUCAUGGCUAUCCGGCUUCGCUACUCGGCCCGACGCUUCCUGCCAAGUAUAUCUUCCGCACGUUGACGACCUCCUCUAAAGGACUUCGGUCCCGCAAACGUUCACGCGAACCUUGGUCCCCGUACAAGCGUCCAGAGUCGCGACGACGUUCGUGA